AUGUCGGUUCCUCAGGAUAACAUCCCCUCCAACGGCAGCGACCUCCUCGACCCCAUGGACCAACUCCGCAUGGAAGACCGUCUCGGACCUGAUGGCGAACCCGCCCCUAAGACGGACGAGGAGUACGCCCAGGCUCAACUGACCCUUCGCGCCAUCGUGUCUUCCAAGGAGGCCGGUGUCAUCAUUGGCAAGGGCGGCAAGAACGUCGCUGACCUCAGGGAUGAGACUGGUGUCAAGGCUGGCGUCAGUAAGGUGGUACAGGGCGUCCAUGACCGUGUCCUGACCAUCACCGGUGGUUGCGAUGCCAUCUCUCGCGCCUACGCCAUCGUUGCCCGUGCUCUCCUCGAGGGCGCUCCCUCCAUGGGCAUGGGAGGUGUUGUCCAAAGCAACGGCACCCACCCCAUCAAGCUCCUCAUUUCACACAACCAGAUGGGUACCAUCAUCGGAAGGCAGGGUUUGAAGAUCAAGCACAUCCAGGAUGCCUCGGGCGUUCGCAUGGUUGCUCAGAAGGAGAUGCUGCCUCAGUCCACCGAAAGGAUAGUCGAGGUCCAGGGUACUCCCGAGGGAAUCCAGCGGGCCAUUUGGGAAAUCUGCAAGUGCUUGGUCGAUGAUUGGCAGCGUGGUACCGGAACCGUUCUCUACAACCCUGUCGUUCGCACCCAGCCCGCCACAACCGGAACCGUUGGCGGCGGUAGCAGCACCAGCGGAGUGGGAUAUAGCACUGGUUCAAGCAGGGGCGAAUUUGGUAGCCCUCGUGUGAUGCGAACAGGCAAUGGUGCCGACUUCAGCAACGGCAGCAGCCGGCCCUACAACCGCCGCUCUGAUUCUGACGCUGCCAUUCGAGGACCUCCUACCCACGAUGAGAACGGUGAAGAGAUCCAAACGCAAAACAUCAGCAUCCCUGCGGACAUGGUGGGUUGCAUCAUCGGACGCGCUGGUAGCAAGAUUAGCGAGAUCCGCAAGACGUCUGGCGCCCGCAUCUCCAUUGCCAAGGCUCCCCAUGAUGAGACUGGCGAGCGAAUGUUCACCAUCAUGGGCACUGCCAAGGCCAACGAAUCGGCGCUGUUCCUCUUAUACGAGAACCUCGAAGCCGAGAAGAUGCGCCGAAGUCAGAUCCAGGACACCGAGUAG